GCAGGGGGUGGCGACACACAGGUCCCAUCCCCCACCCCCGUGCAUCGGUGCAGCGAGAGCAGAGGCUGCCCCCCCUGGGUUGGCUGAAGCCCACCCAAGAGAGGCAGGAGCAACGCCAACUCGAGCCCUGGCCCCGGCAUGCAGUCCUGGCUGCACCGGCCUGGCCCCACCUGGAGUUUUUAUCCAGGUUUUUUAUUUUUCAUGUCCUGCCUGGGGCCAAACCAGCUGCGAGGUCUAUCGAGCGAGCAGAGCUCCAUCGCUCAGGUCAGUGCUGGCAUGAGCGCUGCCCCCAGCCUCUGGGACUGGAAGCCCGUCGCCCGGGAUGCCCUGCUUGCCCGCGCCCACCACUCCUGCGACGUGGUACGGGGGAAGCUGCUGCUUUUCGGGGGGCUGAGGUCAGGCGAGCCCAAGGAACCGCCGCUGGGGGACACAGUGGCCUUUGACCCUGUGCUGCUGACGGCCGAGACGGUGGUGCCAGACAGCGGGGACCCGCGCAGCCACCAUGACACGGCCGUGCUGGCCGACCGCUGGCUGUGCGUGGUGGGCGGCUGGGACGGCGCGCACCGCAUCUCGUCAGUGGGCUGCUUUGAUGCCGAGCAGGGGCGCUGGGAGCGCUGGGCCGAGGGGCCCUCCAACGACCCCCCGGUGGGGCUCAGCAGCCACACCUGCACCAAGGUGUCGGAGCACGAGCUGCGGGUGGUGGGCCGGCAGGGCGGCCUGCGCACCCAGCGGCGCUUCGCCAGCCUCUACACGCUGCGCGUCAACCCCACCACCAAGACCUACUGGUACAAGGAGGAGGAUUUGCGCCUGGCCUCACGGGCCGGGCACUCGGCCAUGCUGCUCCACGACCCCGGUGGCUACCGGCUGGUGGUGUUCGGGGGCCGCGACUCCUGUGAUGUGGAGGUGGCCGGACGCUGGAGCAAGACCAAAAUCCAUGUGGAGCCCGUGCACGCGCCGAAGCUAACGGCGCAGCUCUCUCGCCUGGUGGGCUCGGGGAGAGGCUCCCCGCAGGCUCCCAAGGGCCUGAGGCACCAGUCCUGCAGCGUGGUCGGGCCUUUCGCUGUGGUCUUUGGGGGGGAGACAUUGGCCAAGGGGAGAGAUGCCGUCUGCAAUGACCUCUACAUCUAUGACACAAGAUGCUCCUCCCCGAGCUGGCUCCACUUCCCUGGCUCAGACAGGCGCCAGAAGAGGGUCGGGCACCGCACCUGCCUGUGGGAUGACAAGCUGUACCUGGUCGGGGGCUUCGGGCCCGAUGGGAAGACACCCUGCCCCGAGGUCUGUGUCCUGGACGUCCCCGAGUGAGCAGAGAGCGCUCACCAUCUCCUCAGCAUCCUCUGUGUGGCCCAGACAACCCGCCUUCCUCUUGCAAGCUGUGCAGCCUGCCCUUGGCUCAGGCAUGGUGCAUGGGAAAUAAAAGGGCCCCGUGUAACAGGA